AUGGUGGGAUGUUGCAGACCUUCCGACAAAAAGCAAAAGGAUGAAGUUAAAGCACCGUUAGCAACACUAUCUGAAGUUUUCAGCUUCGCAGAGACACCUCGAGUCAAAUUAUUGAUGGUCGCAGGUUGUAUUUCUGCUUCUUUGGGUGGUCUUUGUGUGCCAGCCAUGGCAUGGGUAUUUUCAGAUUCGUUCACAGACCUAACAGCAUCACCUGAUGAUGAAGAGUUCAUGUCACAAAUAGGAGGGCUAUCAGUGAGAUUUGUCAUAGUAGGAAUCCUGAUGUUCUUUUUCAUGACACUUCAUGGAACGCUCAUCGACACUGCUGCUAAUGAGAUGACAAACUCGUUCAAGACCCAAUGGUUCAAGAGCCUAUUACGGCAAGAUAUGACUUACUUUGACAUUAUGGAUAUCAGUGGGACGGCCACUAUCAUUGGGGUCAAUGGGAUGAAAUACAAGCAGGGGAUGGGGAUCAAACUGGGAGAAGGUAUUCAGUUUUUCUUCACGCUAAUUGGGGGCAUCACCUUUGCCAUAUGGUCGUCCUGGAGAGUGACCCUAGUCAUGAUUGUGUCCGUACUUCCAAUCAUGGCACUGAGUGUGUUCAGCUUGAUGAAAAUGAAUCAGACACAAAGUGCUCGGGCAGAGGAAAGUUACGCCAAGGCGGGAUCGAUUGUACACACUUCCGUAACUUCGAUUCGGACUAUUCUGUCCAUGAAUGGAGUCGAGGAAAUGAUUCAACGAUUCACGGUGGCUACCCAAGAGGCAUUUGAAGGUGCCUCGAGUCAAGUCAUUUAUGUGGGAGCGGCAAACGGUGCUGUCAUGGGAAGUCUCAUGCUGUGCUACAUUCCACUGGUCUUGUAUGGAGGCUACCUUGUAUAUGAGGGGAUCCGAGAAUCAGGAUGCGAUCCUUCUGGUGCUGUAUCAUCCAAUGUGGAAUGUACGCCUUCUGCUUCGGGAGUGUUUGGUGCCAUGCUUGGUGUGACCUUUGGGAGCGCAGCAUUGCCACAAGUUUUGGGUGCCAUUCAAGAGAUGAUAGCAGUUCGGGCCGCGAUCUAUCCCGCAAUUCAAGUCAUGAAUCGAAAGACGAAAGAAGAAGAAGACGAGAGCGACUACGAGAAGGAUAAGACAUCCAUUACCUUGCCAGAAUCCAACCCCUUGCCAGAAUAUCAAAUCGAUUCAUCGUCAAAUCUUGGAUUGAAAUUAUCCAAGCCUCAAGGCAAGAUUGAUUUCAAGGAUGUCACUUUUGCUUACCCGACCCGCAACGAAAAGAAUAUCUUGAAGAGCUUCUCCUUGAGUAUUCCCGCUGGCAAGACGGUCGCUUUGGUAGGAUCGAGUGGACACGGAAAGUCGACGGUCGCUGCACUGAUUCAACGAUUCUAUGAUCCCGUUGCGGGAUCAAUCUCAAUGGAUGGUGCCGACUUGAAGGAUAUGAAUGUCCAAUGGCUGCGGGAACAAAUUGGCGUCGUUUCACAAGAACCGAGUCUGUUUGCGAGCACUAUCCGCGAGAACAUCAAGAUUGCCUUUCCCGAAGCGGGACAACAAGACAUCGAAGAGGCAGCAAGGAGGGCAAAUGCCCAUGACUUUAUCACAUCUUUUCCGGAUGGAUAUGAGACUCACGUUGGUCAAGGUGGUGCACAAUUAUCUGGAGGCCAGAAGCAACGGAUUGCCAUCGCUCGAGCUCUGAUUCGCCGACCACGCAUUCUGCUUCUUGACGAGGCCACAUCGGCCUUGGAUAGUGAAUCCGAAGCAGUGGUGCAGGAAGCCAUCGACAGAAUUAUGGAAGAACAAAUGCAAAGUGUCAUUAUUGUGGCUCAUCGAUUGUCGACCGUCCGAAAUGCAGACUCCAUAGUGGUAGUUCAUCAAGGUGCCGCAGUGGAACAAGGGACUUACGAUGAACUCAUGCGAAAGAAGUCGCAUUUCUUCCGUCUCGUGGAAGAGGGGCAAUCGGGAUCCAGUCAAUCUAGUUUGGGAGCGUCUUCAACCGAAUCCAUGACUGACGAAUGCCUGUCGUUCACUGAUGAGGAAGAACCAUCAGAAGAAAUGAGACAGAACAGUGAAUGCUUACUCUCGUUUCAAGAUGUCCACUUUCAUUAUCCAUCUCGCCCAUCAUCCAAAAUUUUCAGAGGACUCGAUCUUCAAAUCCACCAAGGCGAGACACUUGCUCUUGUUGGUCCAAGUGGCCAAGGAAAAAGCACCAUUAUUCAGCUUUUGGAAGGGUUCUACCGUCCAACAAAGGGGACCAUUUCCUACAAGGGCACCAAUGUCGAAGACAUCAACGUGGACUGGUUGAGAAAACAAUUUGGACUUGUCAGCCAAGAACCAAACCUAUUCCAUGCAUCCAUCACCGAUAACAUUCGAUUUGGUAGCCCAGACGCAACUCAGGCAGAUAUCGAAGAGGCAGCCAAGGCAGCAAACGCUCAUGAUUUCAUAAUGUCGUUCCCUAACAAAUACGACACCAUUGUCGGAGCAACUGGAUCGACCAAGGUAUCGGGUGGAGAAAAACAGCGAAUCGCCAUUGCUCGUUCACUUCUUCGUAAGCCAAAGGUUCUGCUCUUGGACGAAGCCACGUCGGCAUUAGAUUCUGCAUCAGAACGGGUCGUUCAAGCAGCCCUAGACAAAAUUAUGGCGGACCAAAGCCAGACAACCAUUGUAAUUGCGCACCGUCUUUCUACCAUCCGAAAUGCAGAUAGAAUCGCUGUCGUUGACCGAGGCCGUGUUUGUGAGCUUGGUACACAUACUGAGCUCAUGAUGUUGGAGGAGGGUAUGUACCGAAAACUUCAAAGUUUGCAGAAUAUGGACUCUGCGGAACGGAACACUCUAGUCACAACCAAACGUGAGAACUCUUCGAAUGGGCCAAAGGCUGAUGCAUAUUGUGAAACUGAGGAGGAGAAAGCACAUGACACGGAUGACGUGGUUGAAGAAAAAGACAGCGACAAUGUCAUUCGCAAAGCAAGAAAAUUCAGUGAAGGUGACUAUGGACUAUUUUUGAUAGGUUCGCUCGGAGCUGUUCUUGCAGGUUUGAUGUUCCCAGGUUGGGGAUUCACAUUUGCCUACAUGAUCGAACUCUUGUACCGACCGGUGCCUGUCUGCAAUGCCGACUUUAGAACGUGCCAAGAGCAAUGGGAUCUCGUUGCUGAUGAAAUGCAAGACCUGUCUUUCAAGGUUGCCUGUGGUCUCGCGGGGGUCAUUUGCUCGGCAGUCUUGGGACAUUCCCUAGUCUGGUAUGGAUUCGGAACCGCCGCCGAAAGGCUCAACAAGAAAGUUCGAGACGCUGUAUUCAAGAACAUCAUGCGGCAAGAAGUUGCUUGGUUUGAUACGCAAUCUGUAGACGCAUUAGCGAGCCGAGUGGCAGAUGAUACCGCUCUUUUGAACACCUUUUGUGGGAGUCCAAUUCGCAUGCUAAUCAUGAAUAUGUCCAGUGUGCUUGUGGGAAUUGUUACGUCAUUCUUUUUCAUGUGGCCAUUCGCAGUUGUUGCUGUCUUCACAUUGCCCUUCCUUGUGUUUGCUGCUCGUGCCAGAGUGAAGAUGUUCUUGGGAGAAGAUGAAGGAACCUAUAAGGAGGAAAAUGAAAAGAGCUCUGGUGGCAUUGUUAUCGAGACACUAUCGAAUAUCCGAACUGUUGCUUCCUUGGGUAUUGAAAGCGUAUGCUCCAAGAAGUAUUUGGAGACCCUACAAAUUGAAGAGCCAAGUUCCAUUUCAAUCAACAUGCGGAAGGCUAGCAUGGGACUGGGUCAACUGAUUCGAGUUUGGUGCAUCGCCUUGUUCUUCUGGUGGGGUGGUUACAUUCUACACACCCAACCUGGCAAAUACUCACUGCGCGACUUCUUGAUUUCAAUGUUUUCAUUGCUAUUCUCUAUAACGGGAAUGGCCAUGUCCAUGCAAGGCGUUUCUGACCCUAAAGUCGCCAAAGAGGCCGCAAAGCGGGUGUUUGGGCUUAUUGAAAGACCGAGUGCUAUUGAUCCGUUGAGCACAGAUGGAAGAAAAGAUCUAUAG